UGACGUCACGGAGCAGCCCGGAAACACCCGCACGUGUGCGGAGGUUUGGGCUCUGGCUCCGAUCCCCGCUGUCACCAAUCAUGGGUCGCUCCCGCCGGACGGGCGCGCACCGAGCACACUCCCUGGCCCGUCAGAUGAAGGCGAAGCGGCGGCGGCCGGACCUGGAUGAGAUUCACCGCGAGUUGCGGCCCCAGGUUCCCGGGCGACCCCGACCAGACCAGGGCGCCGAGCCUGAUCCGGACCUGCCAGGGUGUGGCCUGUAUCGCUGUUUGGCCUGCGCGAGGUACUUCAUCGAUUCUGCCAACCUGAAGACCCACUUCCGAUCCAAAGACCACAAAAAAAGGCUGAAGCAACUGAGUGUGGAGCCUUACAGUCAGAAAGAGGCCGAGAGGGCAGCAGGUAUGGGCUCCUAUGUGCCUCCCCAGCGGUUGGCAGUGCCCACAGAAGUGUCCACUGACGUCCCUGAGAUGGAUACAUCCAGCUGACACGCGUGGCAGAAGAGCUGCCCAUGGACAGUGCUGCAUGGACUAGUCUGGGAGAGACUCUUUCAACUUCUGUUAGCCCUGGAUUUGGAGAGUAGAUUGACUUCUGGGUGACCCUCCCACCUCAAACACACACAAUAAAAAAACUGGAUAAUGGGGGCUUGCCUCUGACUUGCUAAUCCCUGUGCUACUCCCCCAAACUCCUGCCCCUUAAGAGUUUCUCUACUCUUGCUGUGUCCAGGGUCUAGGGUGCUUACUCUCUACUUGAUUCAGCUUUGGAACCUGCAGUCUGGUUUUCCCUCAGGAGUCCUGGCAUCUGAACUGGAGGAGCCCAGAUGCAAUGAGAAUUGGGGUGUGGGAUC